UGCACUAUGUCUAUGCUAAUUAAAGAAUUUCUUAGUUUACACUUAAAAAUUAGAAGCUGCAGAGAAGAUUUGAUUCCUAAUCAUAAACCGCGUGAAGUUUGAAAAUGAGGGAAGCAUAGUGGCGAAGCAGUGGAGAAUCAGAAUCGCUCUUUUCAAUAGCAGACUCCACCGACUCUUAACACAGCUCAAGCAAUAGAGAGCGAAAGAGGCGAUCAGAGAGAGGGAGAGAGAGCGAGGGAGAGGGAGAUGGCAGGGCGGGUGAUUCGGGUGGCACAGGAUGGAUGCGGCGACUAUCGAACGGUGCAGGAGGCCAUAGACGCAGUGCCACUCAACAACGCAACCCGGACGGUGAUCCAAGUCUCGCCGGGAAUCUAUCGGCAGCCGGUGUACGUUCCCAAGACCAAGAAUUUUAUCACCCUCGCCGGCCUACACCCCGAGGACACCGUCCUCACCUGGAACAACACCGCCACCAAGAUCGACCACCACCAGACAUCUCAGGUGAUUGGGACUGGUACAUUCGCAUGUGGAAGCGCUAUUGUUGAAGGCGCCGACUUUGUAGCCGAGAAUAUCACUUUUGAGAACUAUUCUCCUGAGGGAUCAGGCCAAGCCGUGGCACUUAGAGUCACAGCUGAUCGCUGUGCCUUCUACAAUUGCAGGUUUCUUGGGUGGCAGGAUACUCUCUAUUUACAUUACGGAAAACAGUAUUUAAAAGAUUGCUAUAUUGAGGGCAGCGUGGAUUUCAUAUUUGGGAACAGCACUGUUCUGUUGGAGCAUUGCCAUAUCCACUGUAAAUCAGCAGGGUUUAUAACUGCCCAAAGCAGGAAAUCUUCUGAGGAUACUACCGGCUAUGUGUUCUUUAGAUGUGUGAUCACUGGGAAUGGAGGGACUUCAUACAUGCAUCUUGGACGCCCUUGGGGGCCUUUUGGAAGGGUGGUCUUUGCACACACAUUUAUGGAUGUAUGCAUCAAGAGUGAAGGCUGGAACAACUGGGGCAAAACAGAGAAUGAGAGAACUGCUUGCUUUUAUGAGUACAGGUGUUUUGGACCGGGUAGUUGUCCAUCAAAACGGGUAACAUGGGCUAGAGAAUUGGCAGCUGAAGAAGCCAAAUAUUUUCUCAUGCAUAAUUUCAUUGAUCCAGAUCCAGUACGGCCCUGGUUGGCCCAAAGAAUGGCAUUGAAGAUACCCUAUUCUGCUUAGAAAACAUUAUUUACAUUCACUGCCAAAAGAUCUCAGGAAACAAUCAGAGAGCCAAUAUGUAGAAUCAAUAAAAAUCUGCAAGAUGGCUAUUUUGAUAUCUGUUCCGUUGAGGUACAAGACCAUUGUGGCUGCCUAUGCAUGAUCUUCUUGAAGGUUGCAGAUGUAUGACAUGGAUUCCGAUGUACUUUGCUCAGGUGUAUACUGUCAUUCAAACAUAAUAUUAAUUUGGUUGAUUUAGAUUAAGAUCCUCAUUUCGUAAUAAUGUAUCGAAAACAGUACUUUAGUUUUAAGCAAUGUAAGAGUUGUUAUUUUGUAGGAAUAAAAUGGUUUGUCUGUUAUAAAUUUA